GCAGGGGUUUUGAGCAAAAACGUCAAAAGUGGGCGAUGCAACAGCUUGUUGUGCAGCUGCCCAUUUGUCGUGAUUACGUGGAAAUCAAGACAGAAGCAACCCUGACAGGAGAUCCCGCAUGCGAACUCACAAGACAAGUCCAAUAUGCUCCAAAAACUCUCGGCGUUUUCCCGUUUCUAUAUGCGAAGGCCGGCUUUUGCAGCUGAAAAACUAUUUGACUCAUAUAGCCAACACACGUCGAGACGUAGGCUAUUUGUCAUAUUGUGCCAGUGGUCACAUGGCUUUGGCCCUCAGGAAUGGAUGGAGAUGGAUCCCCCACGUCAGCUUGUACGUCUAAGGCUUUCUGCUCCAGCAGUCUGUCUCAAAGUGACUGGAGCGCAGAGUCGCGCAGGAACAAUGCGAGGAUUAUUACCAUAGAGCGACCCCAGCAGCAGAAUAUGGAUUUUGAUGAACGGAUGCCUGGUUCCAGUAUGUAUCUACCAAGCUGCACUUAUUACGUCUCCGGAGCGGACUUCUCGGGUCUCCCUCACUAUUUAACCCAGAACCAGUCUUCCUGCCCCGUCACUUACUCGUACCAGUCCUCAGCGCUCACACAGGUUCCGUCAGUGAGAGACGUGGCUUUCAGAGACUAUGGCAUUGAUGCUUCCAGUAAAUGGCACCACAGCAGGGGGAGUCUCUCGCACUGCUACGCCGAGGACGUCGCGCACAGGGACGGCUGGGCACCCCCCACCUCCAGGGGGCCAGAGAUCCUGGUGAAAGGCGGCCACUCCGGCCCCUCGAACCCGACCCCGGGAUUCUGCGGUAACGUCGGCAGGAACGGCGUCUUGCCACAGGCGUUCGAUCAGUUCUUUGACACGGCGUACGGGAGCGGGGCGGGCGGCGCCGCUCCGGCUGCAGCGGACUCAGACAGAGGCGGCAAAACGAGCCCGGCUCAGGCUCACCCGGGGUCGGACACGGCGGAGAGCUGCAGCCCGGAGUCACCAUCCGGCCACAGCGAGGAGAAGCAGAGCAAGAGCGGCAGCAGUGGCCAGAGGACGCGCAAAAAGAGGUGCCCGUACACAAAGUACCAGAUCAGGGAGCUGGAGAGGGAGUUCUUCUUCAGCGUUUACAUCAACAAGGAGAAGCGACUGCAGCUCUCCCGGAUGCUUAAUCUGACGGACCGCCAGGUUAAAAUCUGGUUUCAGAACAGGAGGAUGAAAGAGAAGAAACUGAACAGAGACCGUUUACAGUACUACAGCACAAACCCUCUAUUCAGCAAUGUUUUUGCACAAGAAAUGUCAGCCAGAGAGGGCCAUCUUCAUCCGCCGCCAAAUAACAGCGCGACGAUGUCAUGUUCCAACAACCAGGCUGGGAACUCCUUCUUUGUGGACUCCUUAAUAAACGUGAGAAGCGACGGCGCACCGUAUUACCAAAGUAACAGUCUGUAUUUGCCACCGGCUUCGGAAUAUUCAUAUGGGAUCUCCAGCGGCUCCUGUUUCCCGGCAGUCGGGAAGCGCAGCGAGCCAACGACCCACAGCGUGAUUCCGUCCUCGGUUCCGUAUGUUCAGGGGAUGGAAACGUGGCUGGAAACGUCCAGGUCCUGCCGAGUGGAUCAACCCUGUAGCGGGCAGCAUUUGGCUCAGUGUUCAUUCUCGCCGAGCAUAAAGGAGGAGAGCGCCUGCUGCCUUUACGAGACAGACAAAUGUCAUAAAGGAGCGUCAGCGGAUGACAUAUCCUAUUCUACUGCGUCCUGCCCCGUUACCCCCGGCAACACCGUGCCAGUCCCGGGUUACUUCCGCCUGUCUCAAACCUACACGUCCUCCAGGUUAUAUCACGAUGUUCAGCCAGACAUGAAUCACUUCAGUCUGCAGCGACCCAGCCGCUUUGAAGGCCAGACCUCACAGCCGCAGUCCGCCUCUGCGGAGCCGGAGCGCGGGGAGAGCCACGAGGAGGCGCCCGGCUCUGCGCCGUGCGCUCCGGCCAGGGAGGAGGAGGACACCCGCCUUUCCUUGGAGAGCUCGUCUUCCACUGAGCCUGCAGAGACGGAGUGUAAAGACAAGUCCGUAAAAGGAGAUGGCAAAAUGGAGAGCACGGCCAACUGGCUGACAGCAAAGAGCGGCAGAAAGAAGCGGUGUCCCUACACCAAGCACCAGACUCUGGAGCUGGAGAAGGAGUUCCUCUUCAACAUGUACUUGACACGGGAGCGUCGCCUGGAGAUCAGCCGCAGCGUGCACCUCACCGACAGGCAAGUCAAAAUCUGGUUCCAGAACCGGAGGAUGAAACUGAAAAAGAUGAGCCGUGAAAACAGGAUCCGGGAGCUCUCCAGCAACUUUGGGUUUUCGUGAGACUUUGAUGAGAAACGCCCUCUUCCUGUUCCUCCUUCCUUCCUCCUUCUCCUCCACCCAAACUGUGAGAGUGCCCUUGGAGAAACAGGACCCAACUGCUAACUUAUUGAUCAGAGCUGUUCUUGUCGUGGAUUUGUAUUUAUACAUGGUCACAUUUGAUCCAUCCAGUUGUUCAGGCUUGUACAUAAUUAUGCGCUCAAUCUGAGUGAUCCAUUGGAUUUUGCAUGCUGGACUGGCCACUGGCUCAUCUGUGUUACAGUUACAUGUAGGCCUUAAUGUGAUGACUAAAAAAAAAAAAAAAAAAAAAAGAAAAAAAGACAAGAGGUCUGGUGAAUAUUUGCACAUUAGCUGCUCAGAUUAAUAAAAACAAUAUAACCGCACAAAACCACAGGCUUUGUGCGUUGUUGUAAAUGUUUAUUUCGUGCAGUAUUUU